AUGAAGCGUCUUAAGGCUAUACCAAGUAUCAGCGACGCGGUAUUCGUCCAGCGCACCGCAUAUCGAAGCUCGCGCGCUCUCUCGACACUACACCACAUAACCCCUCCAUCCAGAUCUCACACCGUCGUCCCAUCUCUACGAACCUCCGCCCUCUCUCCUCCCAUCCAAAGCAAACGUCACUAUGCCUCCGCUCCCAGCAAUGAGGUUCUUCAAAAGACUCCCCUCUAUGACCUGCACCUCGCACAUGGUGGAAAUAUGGUUGGCUUCGGCGGUUUCCACAUGCCCGUACAAUAUGCAUCGCUCAGCGUCAGCGCCUCCCACCACUUCACACGCUCGCACGCUUCCCUCUUCGAUGUUAGUCACAUGGUGCAACACCGAUUCACAGGACCUGGCGUGAAUGCUUUCCUCGAGCGCAUCACCCCUGCGGGGAUUGCUGGGCUGGAGAUACAUCAGAGCACAUUAAGCACAUUGCUUUGGCCUGUAACGGGAGGAAUCGUAGACGACACGAUCUUGACCAGGCUGGGUCCGGAACUCUUCUACGUCGUAACAAACGCUGGGUGUAGAGAAAAGGACCUGAAGUAUCUCCAAGAGCAAUUAGACGCUUUCAUCAAGGAGGGAGGCGCGAGUGUCGAAUGGGAGGUACUGGAGAAAUGGGGAUUGGUUGCUUUGCAAGGACCCUUAAGCGCGGAUAUCCUGGGCCGUGUGAUGGUCGAGCCUGCGGAGAGUGAGUUGAAGGGGAUGUACUUUGGAUCCAGCAAGUUCAUUAAGAUUAAGCUGCACAACGGAGAGACAUCGAGCCCGCUAUUGGUUAGCCGAGCUGGAUAUACCGGAGAAGAUGGAUUUGAAAUUUCUAUUCCGGAGUCUGAGGCCGUAGUUGUUACCGAGACCCUGCUGCAGAGUGCUGGUCCAGAACAACUCCAGCUUGCUGGCUUGGGAGCGAGAGACAGUCUGAGGUUAGAGGCUGGCAUGUGUCUCUACGGCCAUGAUCUGGAUGAUUCAACCACGCCAGUCGAAGGCGCUCUUGGCUGGAUCAUUGGCAAGGACCGAAAGACCAGCGGUGGGUUCCACGGGUCAGAUGUCAUUCUGAAGCAAUUGACACCAAAGAGCAAAGGCGGGAGUGGUGUUGAGAGAAGGAGAAUCGGCUUGAUCGUCGAAGGAGCCCCGGCAAGAGAAGGUGCUGAUAUUGUCAAUGACAAGGGGGAGAAAAUCGGCAAUAUCACUAGUGGAUGCCCCAGUCCGACUCUGGGAAAGAAUGUGGCGAUGGGUUAUAUCAAGGAUGGCUUCCACAAGUCUGGCACCGAUGUGGGAGUUGUCGUCCGAGGCAAGAAUCGCAAAGCGAAGGUCACGAAGAUGCCCUUUGUGCCGAGCAAGUACUGGAAGGGCAUGGCGCCUGCUUAA